AUGGCCAAGAGGAGAGUUAAUGACGCCCUAAACACCAGGAACAGUCUAAUAAUCAUAGAGACACUUAAUCUUUCUCCAGGGACCAAUGUCAAAGUUUGGCGAGAAGAUAAGGGUUGGACAGGCCCACAUAAACUCAUCUUAGUAAAUGGUCAUGACGUGACAGUCAAUCUUGGUAAUAGUGCUGUCGCUUUCCAGGCAAUAAUCCACGUCUCUAAACCACCUGUGACACCUCCACCUCCACGAUGUCGAGAACGACCACGAGGAUCCAAGAACAAGCAAAAAGUGGAUGUCAACGUAUACCUAUCGAAGAAAGAGAAGGGCGACCUUGAACUUGCACUCAAAUUGAGACGAGAAGGAAAUAUUGUGACAGAAGGUGCCCCAUUUGAACUUUUAAGCGUUGCAGAGAUCGAUGGCCUGAUUGCAAAUAGAACGUUCAAAAUCGUCCACCGAGACAAUGUGAACCUCAGAGAUCUCCGCAUUUUCAACUCCCACUUGGUUAAUGAGAUCAAGGGGAAGAAUGAGAUCCCAUAUGAGAAAUCACGCCUAGUCAUCCAAGGAUAUAAUGACGCUAGAAAAGCUGGGAUUCUGACCUAA